UCAAGCGUUCCUCUGUGAAGACAGAAAACUACAGAACAUGCAUCUCUGGAUGCUAACCCUUGUCUGCACGACUGUGUACGGCAUUAGCCGUAUUUCACAGCCAGAUUUGAAAGCUGUCAACUUUGCAAAAGCAAUAGCGGGAUAUAAGCUCAAUGGAAGCGUGAUCAAGGAAAUAGAAGUUGAUUCUGAACUUUCAUGUCAGCUUGCGUGUGUUGGUGAAGAGAAAUGCCAGUCUUACAACUUUGGACCCACCAAUGGCACAAAUACUACAAAGAAAAACGCUGAAAUAUUCAGGUGUCAACUGAGCGACUCAGAUCGAUUUGUUGGCUUUGCAAACUUCACCAAAGAUAAACAGUUUAUUUAUAAAGGACGCCAGAGUACCUGUGAGACGGACAGUUCCCCUUGUGGUGACAAAGGAAUCUGCAUCCCCAACUAUCAAGAUGACACCGUGCAAUGCAAGUGCAAUGAUGGAUUCAUAGGAACGCCUUGCAAGCCCAUCAAAAGCUGUUCCAAACUCAUUCAAUUUGGUUUGAUAUCCAGUGGCGUGUACGCAAUUAGUCUAGAUGGCGGCAAACCAAUACAAGUGUUGUGUGACAUGACCACGGAUGGUGGAGGUUGGACAGUUUUUCAGCGACGUUUAGACGGCUCUGUUGACUUCUAUCUUGGUUGGGAAUCCUACAAAAACGGGUUUGGAGAUCUGAAAGGCGAGUUCUGGCUUGGAAAUGACAAUCUUCACCGUUUGACAGCCACUGAUGACACCAUACUGAGAGUUGACCUGGAAGACUUCGAUGGGAACAAAACAUACGCUGAGUACACGACUUUUAAGGUGGCAGACGAGGCAGAUAAGUACCGGCUUUUGAUUGGAGGAUACAGUGGCACGGCUGGCGACUCGAUGACACUCCAUAAGUAAGAGUAAUAUUUAAGCAUUUUCCGUAUUAUUACGAAUGAUUCGUUUUGGGCGACUGUACACUUCGCUUUUAAGGCUAGCGGCAACAGUUUCCAGCACUUUUCCAGCAGUAAUACUUUGACAGGUCAAUGUUACAACAAUUUAACAAGUGAU